AUGAAUCGUGGCUUAAGAACUGAUAAUAUUUUACAUGUGGAUUUUCUUUUCUGGUUAAAUCAUUUAAAAGAAGAAAAAAAGGAACAAAGUAGCAGCGAUACGAACAUAAUGGCCAAAGAGACCAUGAGUCAAUUUUGGCUAUGGCUUGGAGGAGUUCUAUUUGGUAUAACAUUGAUUUUGCUAAUAUAUGUAUGUCCUAUCCUUGAACUUACAAAGAUAUUAUAUUUUCACUUGCAUUCGAAUGCAAUUAUAUUAAAUAACCCUAUUAUUGAGUACAUGUAUUUAGCUCUAUCAAUUCCACUUCCAGUUGGCUUGGUGUGGUUGGGUAUAUUAAAGCGUCGCUGUAGUGUAAAAAUUAUAAGAGAUAAGAUAAUAGAAGAAUUAUGCUUUGUACCGUUAUACAUGGUUGUAGUUUCAGGUAAGUCCACCUAG